AAGAAAUGGACAAUAUUUAGAACACAUUUUAUUAAAGUGUAUCUAGUUGAGCUAGUAAUCUAAAAUUUCUUGAAGAGUUGAUCCACGGAGUCCAGUUUUAAUGUAUUAAAGAACAAGUCAGAAUUUAUGCAGAUAAAAACGUUAUGGAACAUUAUGUUGGAUGCAUUUUGUGUCACCUUGUAUAUUUCCCUACUCCCUAUAUACUGCCCCAUCCCCCGUAUAUUACCACACCUCAUAUAUAUUGCCCCAAGCCUCUGUGUAUUCCAAAGACCCAGUAUAUUACCACACCCCAUAUAUAUUGCCCCAAGCCUCUGUGUAUGCCAAAGACCCAGCAUAUUACCACACCCCAUAUAUAUUGCCCCAACCCUCUGUGUAUGCCAAAGACCCAGCAUAUUACCACACCCCAUAUAUAUUGCCCCAAGCCUCUGUGUAUGCCAAAGACCCAGCAUAUUACCACACCCCAUAUAUAUUGCCCCAAGCCUCUGUGUAUGCCAAAGACCCAGCAUAUUACCACACCCCAUAUAUAUUGCCCCAAGCCUCUGUGUUUGUCAAAGACCCAGUAUAUUACCACACAUCAUAUAUAUUGCCCCAAGCCUCUGUGUAUUCCAAAGACCCAGUAUAUUACCACACCCCAUAUAUAUUGCCCCAAGCCUCUGAGUAUUCCAAAGACCCAGUAUAUUACCACACCCCAUAUAUAUUGCCCCAAGCCUCUGUGUAUGCCAAAGACCCAGUAUAUUACCACACAUCAUAUAUAUUGCCCCAAGCCUCUGUGUAUUCCAAAGACCCAGUAUAUUACCACACCCCAUAUAUAUUGCCCCAAGCCUCUGUGUAUGCCAAAGACCCAGCAUAUUACCACACCCCAUAUAUAUUGCCCCAAGCCUCUGUGUAUGCCAAAGACCCAGUAUAUUACCACACCCCAUAUAUAUUGCCCCAAGCCUCUGUGUAUUCCAAAGACCCAGUAUAUUACCACACCCCAUAUAUAUUGCCCCAAGCCUCUGUGUAUUCCAAAGACCCAGUAUAUUACCACACCCCAUAUAUAUUGCCCCAAGCCUCUGUGUAUGCCAAAGACCAAGUAUAUUACCACACCUCAUAU